ACUCCCAGCUCCAGCUCGCCCCACUCUGCAAUUGCUGCUUUGCUCUCACCCAGGAAACCAUCAUGUCUUGCCGCUCCUACCAAGUCAGCUCUGGUCGCCAUGUGGGCAACUUCAGCUCUUGCUCAGCAGCGGCCCCGCAGAACCUAAAAUGCUUCCGGGCAAGCUCUGUCUCCUGCCGGAGUGGGCCCAGCUUCCGGGGCCUUGGUGGCUUUGGUAGUCGGAGCGUCAUCACCUAUGGAUCAUGCUCACCCCGGACAGCAGCUGUGUGCCCUCGCCCUGUCCGCUCUGGAGCUGGCUUUGGUGCUAGCAGUGGGAUGGCCUUUGGCUUUGGUGCUGGGUGUGGUGCUAAUCUAGGGUUUGGGGCCGGCAGUGGUGUUGGUCUGGGAUUUGGAGCCACCAGUAGGCUUGGCUAUGGCUUCGGUGGCCCCGGCUUUGGCUACAGAGUUGGAGGAGUUGGAGUCUCAGCAACCCCAUCUAUCACACCAGUGACUGUUAACCAGAGCCUGCUGACCCCCCUCAACCUGGAGAUUGACCCCAAUGCUCAGAGAGUGAAGAAGGAUGAGAAGGAGCAAAUCAAGACACUCAACAACAAAUUCGCCUCCUUCAUUGACAAGGUGCGGUUCCUGGAACAGCAGAAUAAACUUCUAGAAACCAAGUGGAACUUCCUCCAAGAGCAGAAAUGUGCCAAGAGCAACUUGGAGCCCCUCUUCGAGAACUACAUCACCAACCUGCGGAGGCAGCUGGAUAUAGCAAGCAGCGACCGGGCCCGGCUGGAAGCUGAGAGGAACCAAAUGCAGGAUGUCCUUGAGGGUUUCAAGAAGAAGUACGAAGAGGAGGUGGGAUUCCGGGCCAGCGCUGAGAAUGAGUUUGUGGCUCUCAAGAAGGAUGUGGAUGCAGCUUUCUUAAAUAAAUCUGAUCUGGAGGCCAAUGUGGAUACCCUAGUUCAGGAAAUUGACUUCCUGAAAACUCUAUACAUGGCGGAAAUCCAGUUGCUGCAGUCGCACAUCUCAGAGACAUCGGUCAUCGUGAAGAUGGACAACAGCCGGGACCUGGACUUGGAUGGAAUCAUCACCGAAAUUAAGGCCCAGUAUGAAGAGGUCGCCAGGCGCAGUCGGGCUGAUGCUGAGGCCUGGUACCAGACCAAGUACGAAGAAAUGCGAGUGACAGCUGGCCAACACUGUGACAACCUGCGUAACACACGGAAUGAGAUCAAUGACCUGACCCGCCUGAUCCAGAGGCUGAAGGCAGAGAUUGAACAUGCCAAGGCUCAGCGGGCCAAGCUGGAGGCUGCAGUGGCCGAGGCGGAGCAGCAGGGUGAGGCAGCCCUCAACGAUGCCAAAUGCAAGCUGGCGGACCUGGAGGGCGCCCUGCAGCAGGCUAAGCAGGACAUGGCGCGGCAGCUGCGCGAGUACCAGGAGCUCAUGAACGCCAAGCUGGGCCUGGACAUCGAGAUCGCCACCUACAGGCGCCUGCUGGAGGGCGAGGAGAUCCGGAUCUGCGAAGGUGUUGGACCAGUAAACAUAUCCGUGAGCAGCUCCCGAGGCGGUGUGGUGUGUGGGCCUGAGCCCCUGGUCACCAGCUCCACCCUCUCCCGUGGCGGAGUCACCUUCUCCAGCAGCAGCAUCCGUUCUGGGGGAGCCUGCGGCUCCAGCCUGGGCAGUGCCCGGGUCAAUGCGGGCUGUGGAGACCUUCUGAGCGUGGGCUCUCGGGGAGGCUCGGGGCUUGCCGGUGAAGCUUGUGCCUCCAGCGUCCCCUGUCCGCUGCCCACCGAGGGCGGCUUCAGCAGCUGCAGCGGUGGCCGCAGCAGCCGCGGCUCCAGUGUCCGCUUCGUGUCCACCACCACCUCCCGCCGGACCAAGUACUGA